UCACGGCGCUCUCCAAUUAGUGCGCGCACUCUUGCGUAAAGGUGGAGGCUCGGCUCAGUGUUGCCGCGCAGCUCAGGAGAAACUUGUGCCGCUGAAACUUUGACAGGCACCGGCAGGUGUUCGUCACAUAGCGCAAUAAUUUAAAGUGUAUGUUGCCUCCGAAGUGUCCCAAUGUCUGACGAAGGCGAGGAAAGCGAGAGCGGCGUGAGACCGCGGCUCCCCGAGUCUCCCUCCCCGCCUCUGUCCGUGCGUCUUCCCCGAGGAUCUCCUACCUCUCAGCGGCCCCUCAACCUCUUCUCCUCCGCCUCUCCGCUGCUGGGGGACACCGACCCGCCUUAUCUCGUCUCCCCGGAGUGUCUGCAUCCGUCUGUGGAGAACCGCGAGCCCGACGACUGCCACUUCACGCCGCCAAAGUUACGCCAGCGCGCCGGGGACACCGGGUCUCCGUUUCGCUCCCAGCCGGACGUGCGGAUAGACGCGGUGUACGACGGCUACGAUGACCCGUUUCCCAAGUGGCGAGGACGAGGCGCCGCCAAAUCCGAGCGCUUUCAGCACCACGGACAGCGACUCCAAAGGGCUCCGGAGCUCGCGGACUACGGGAACCACUACUCUGUGGAGCACAUAGACGCCGACUACAACGCCGAGAGCCGGCAAACGAUGGAAGCCAUGCACCGCCGCCACACCACGCUGCGGGAGAAGGGGCGUCGGCAGGCGGUGCGGGGCCCGGCCUACAUGUUCAACGAACGGGGCUCGCCGCUCACGGCCGAGGAGGAGCGCUUCCUGGACGCCGCCGAGUACGGAAACAUCCCCGUGGUCCGCAAGAUGCUGGAGGAGUCCAAAACCCUGAAUUUCAACUGCGUCGACUACAUGGGCCAGAAUGCUCUGCAGCUGGCGGUGGGCAACGAGCACCUGGAGGUGACGGAGCUGCUGCUGAAGAAGGACGGCUUGGCUCGGAUCGGGGACGGCCUGCUGCUGGCCAUCUCCAAGGGGUACGUUCGAAUCGUGGAAGCCAUCCUGGGCCACCCGGCCUUCGGCGGGGGUCUCCGCUUGGCCCUGGGCCCCCUGGAGCAGGAGGUGCACGACGACGACUUUUUCGCGUACGACGAGGACGGAACGCGCUUCUCGCACGACGUGACCCCCGUGAUCCUGGCCGCUCACUGUCAGGAGUACGAGAUCGUCCACAUCCUGCUGUCGAAGGGCGCGCGCAUCGAGCGGCCCCACGAUUACUUCUGCAAGUGUUCCGAGUGCUUGGAGAAGCAGAAGAAAGACUCUUUUAGCCACUCGCGCUCCAGGAUGAACGCCUACAAGGGCCUGGCCAGCGCAGCCUACCUGUCCCUCAGCAGCGAAGACCCUGUGCUGACCGCCCUCGAACUCAGCAACGAAUUGGCGCGACUGGCCAACAUAGAGACGGAGUUCAAGAACGACUACCGUAAACUGUCCAUGCAGUGCAAGGACUUUGUGGUGGGCGUGUUGGACCUCUGCCGGGACACGGAGGAGGUGGAGGCCAUCCUGAACGGGGACGUGGACCAGUGUCCACCGAGCCCCUACAACCGGCCCUGCCUGAGCCGCGUCAAGCUGGCCAUCAAGUACGAAGUCAAGAAGUUCGUUGCUCAUCCCAACUGCCAGCAGCAGCUCCUGACUAUCUGGUACGAGAACCUGCCUGGGCUCAGGCAGCAGUCCAUCGGUGUGAAGUGCUGGACGGUGCUGGGGGUCACUGUGGGGCUGCCCUUCCUGGCGAUCGCCUACUGGAUCAUGCCAUGCAGCAAGCUUGGUCAGAUCUUGCGAAGCCCCUUCAUGAAGUUCGUAGCCCACGCUGUCUCCUUCACCAUCUUCCUGGGCCUGUUGGUCGUCAACGCCUCCGACCGCUUCGAGGGAGUCAAGAAUCUGCCCAAUGAAACCAUCACAGACCACCCGAGGCAGGUGUUCAGGGUCAAGACCACGCAGUUCUCCUGGACCGAGAUGCUGAUCAUGAAGUGGGUGUUGGGUAUGAUCUGGUCAGAAUGUAAGGAGAUCUGGAGCGACGGGCCCAGGGAGUACAUCAUGCACCUGUGGAACGUGCUGGACUUCGGCAUGCUGUCCAUAUUCGUGGCGUCCUUCACGGCGCGCCUGAUGGCGUUCCUCAAGGCCUCCAAAGCCCAGCAGUACGUGGACAUGCACGUGCCCGACGAGGACCUCAGCAACGCCUCGCUGCCUGACGAGAUCGCCUACUUCACCUACGCCAGGAACAAAUGGCGCCCGUCCGACCCCCAGAUCAUCUCAGAAGGCCUGUACGCCAUCGCCGUGGUGCUGAGCUUCUCGCGCAUCGCCUACAUCCUGCCGGCCAACGAGAGCUUCGGCCCCCUGCAGAUCUCGCUGGGGCGCACCGUCAAGGACAUCUUCAAGUUCAUGGUCAUCUUCAUCAUGGUGUUUGUGGCCUUCAUGAUCGGCAUGUUCAACCUGUAUUCCUACUAUCUGGGCGCCAAGUACAACCCGGCCUUCACCACAGUGGAGGAGAGCUUCAAGACCCUCUUCUGGUCCAUCUUCGGCCUGUCGGAGGUGAUCUCGGUGGUGCUGAAGUACGACCACAAGUUCAUAGAGAACAUCGGCUACGUGCUCUACGGCGUCUAUAACGUCACCAUGGUGGUGGUCCUCCUCAACAUGCUCAUUGCCAUGAUCAACAGCUCGUACCAGGAGAUAGAGGAGGACGCUGACGUGGAAUGGAAGUUUGCCCGGGCCAAGUUGUGGUUGUCCUACUUCGACGAAGGCCGCACGCUGCCCGCCCCCUUCAACCUGGUGCCCAGCCCCAAGUCCUUCUACUACCUGGUCCUCCGCAGCAAGUCCUGCCUCAUACGCCUCUGUAAGGCCAACGGCCAUCGCCAUGACAACGAAGUGGAGCUGGGCAUGCUCAAAUCACAGGCCAAGGACGAGCGAUUCAAGUCUUAUCCCCGACCAGGAGAAGAGUUCAUCCCCAGAAAACCGAGAAAACACCCGACCAGGUAUCAGAAGAUCAUGAAGCGCCUGAUUAAGCGGUAUGUGCUCAAGGCUCAAGUGGACCGAGAGAGCGACGAAGUCAACGAAGGUGAACUGAAAGAGAUCAAGCAAGACAUUUCCAGCCUCCGUUAUGAGCUCCUGGAGGAGAAGUCCCAGGCCGCCGGAGAGCUGGCGCUUCUCAUCCAGCAACUCGGCGACAAGUUCGGCAAGAACACCAUGAGACACUGACGGGGCUGGCAUGAAGGAGAGAAGGAUGAAGGAGGACGCGGAGGGGGGGGGGCGUGGACGGAGCGGGGGCAGCGGGGCGGAAAGCAGCGGGAGGGAGGAGGCGAGGCGUUAAUGAGAGAUGGGGAAGGUAAAAUGGAAGCGAGUCGACGCAGAUAGUGAAAACAGAAAACUGCUGACACGGAGCAAAUCGUUGUAUAUGCGCCGAGCAAUUAGGGAGGAUUGUGAAGAGGAGAUAGUUGCGAUUGCAAGUGAGCAUGAAGUCGAAAAGUUCAGAGGGGACGUAAACCCGUCCCGGGAUGGGGGUGGGGGGGCUCUGUUGACAAUUGAGUUCUAAUUAAAUGCAGCGUCUAGAGAGAGAGAGAGAGAGAGAGGGAGAGGGCGAGCGAGAGACAGGAACUCACAGGCCUGGUGGGAGAUGGAGGGACACAAUAGAGGAGGGGAACACAAGCGCCGUGAGGUGGGAGGAGACACCACGGGGCAGAAGACAGAGGCGGUGCCGCAUUGGGGCCGCCUGCAUCCGCUGCCAAGCUUCAUCAGUGCAUCGCCAGCCUGGGGGAGACGGACACAACCUGGGAGGAGGACGCGAAGGGGGCGAGCUGGAAAAAAAACAACAGAAAAAAACAACACGGCUGUGUUCCAGAACGUCUGUCUUCACUUUGUCAGGACAAACAUUCACCGCUGUCAGGAUACUGUGCAUCCCUUUAUUUACCAGGCGAUCUAAUUAAUACCAUCCACCACGUGGCUGAAGCAGGAGACACUGAUGGGCACGUCAGUUCAGUAGCAGACAGAUGCGUAGAGUAAAAAAUGCCUCACUCAAAAAUAAAACACUUCUGAUCUGUUACAUUUUCUGUCCUCAACCAGAAGACCUUAAACAGAGCAGGCUUAAAAAUGUGGCAAAGGUGGAGAUUAAACUACUGUAGAUUACCACAUUUUCAGGGCGAUUGAACACUGUGCUCAUUGACAGGACUCACUGUAAAGCGUUAAACGUCUCCACGGCGACAUGUUGAGUAAAAUAACAACUGAGACUCAACCCGUCUCUGCAAAGUUGUCUUUCUAGGUCAGUUCGCAGCGGAAGCCAAGAAAUGUAGCCAACUCUUCUCUUCUUGUAUUCUUUCAAGGCAACCAAAUAUUUGUUACUAGAGAAAAUCCUGGAGGUGUGAGGUCCUGAAGAACAGCUGAGGUUCUGCUGGAGAAGCUGCGUGGAGUCGUUUCAUGGAGACUCACUUCGCAUGCUGCUAACGAUAACUAACUUAUUAUCCCCAACCUCAGUCAUAACUGCUCUGCUUCUGUUCAUUCAUGUAUCUGUGUGUAAUGUCCAGGUGGAGGGAGGUAUCUACAACACACAGAUGCAGGUCUAAUAGAAACAGGGGGAUUAGAGAGUGUUUGCCUGUGGGAUCAGCCACAGCAUCUGUCCUCUGUGUAAGAGCAGCAUGGGUGUGGAUGAGGACAGACCUGAGCCAUUAACAGUCAGGAUUUAUUGAUCGUCUCAGACGAUCUUCAGGUCAGAAUGCUUUGGCUACUCCUGAAAUACACACUACUAAAUGCGUUCCCACCUUCACUGAAAAUGAGUCACUUUUGUAUUUUACUUUCAUUCUGUGGCCCAGAAUGAAUGUAAUGAAUUCAUUCUGUGGCCUUUUAUGCCCAGACCCAAUAUUAUUAAUCUAUUUUUAUGUAGGUGCAAAUGUCGUAGCCCCAUGAGGAGAUAUCAGUAGGGGCCUAUUCAUGUUGAGGGCCCCACCAUUGUUACUGCCAUGGUUUCUACAGUGGUGGUUUCUCUGGGGGGGGGGGUCACUUACUCAGUCACACACAAAUUCAAAACAUGUUCGAUUUUAUCCCUUUGGUCUCAUUUCAGUGCUUGACUUUUUAGCGUGAUCAAUAUAAUCAACAUAUAACCAUUGAUUUAGUGUCAGAUGCACAAAUGUUAAGUGAGUUUUCCAUUGAAACAAGUAGACGUGUGUUUUUGUGUAUGAGUGGAGGAGCAGCUAACUAUUUCCACUCCACUAAUAAACAGACCGGAUAGUUUUUAACGAUUCCCACUUACAGACAUUUACACAAAAUACUGUAUUUUUAACUUUAAUGCAAAAAGCGUUCAUUAAAGCAAAGUCUCAUAUAUAAGAUCUAUUGUAUAAUGUCAUAUUUUUGAUGCUUGAAUUAAACAGAGCAAACUCUAA